AUGGUCGAUGUGGUGGCGCCACUGGGUCUUGGCGAGCUUGCCCUCGAGCUGGAACGACUCAAGCAGAAGCUGGCCUCGGAAGGGCUGUUUGACCCCAGUCGAAAGCGCCCCUCUGCCCGCAUUCCCCAAGGUGGUGGCACGCCGGUGGUCAGCGGUGUCGGGCACGAGACCGACGAGACCAUCGCCGACUACGUUGCCGACGUUCGUGCUCCCACGCCCUCGGCGGCGGCCGAGCUGAUUGCCCCCGACAUUCGCGACAUCCGGGCCACCGUGGCGCAUUUCUUCCAGAGGAUGGACCGCACGCUUACCGGUCAGUUGCAGCAGGAGCGGGCCGGCGUUGAAAGGCUGCGGAGGCAGAUGGAAUCGGGGCUGCCGGAUAUCGCCACCCUGAGGCGCCGGAUCGACGAUCUCUCCCGCAUCGCCGGAUCCUCGGUUGCGUCGAUGGCGAGGGAGCGGCGGCUGGAGGUGGAUGGCCUGCAGCAGAGGCUCCGCGGGCUGGAUCCGAGCGCCACGUUGCGAAGGGGAUUCGCCGUAGUCGAGUUGGUGGCGGCUGGCAGGGCCCUUACCAGCGUUUCCCAGGCCUCUCAGGCGGACGAGCUGCGAAUCACCGUAACUGACGGCGAGGUUCCGGCCGUCGUGGGAGGACCGGAGCGGCACGAGACACCCGCUGCAAACACCGUGCCGGAACGUCGAGAGGAGCCCGUAAAGCGAAAGCGCAAAGCCAAGGAGGCUUCGUCGCCGCCUGCGUCGGCUAUGCUGCUCUAA